AUGGUUCUUGCGAUGACGUGUAAUGAGAAGGAAAGUAUACCUCUUGAGUUAUUUGAGAUGUCAACAACAAUAAAAAAAGAAAAAGUGGGUUGUCCAAUGAAACACUCAGAUGGAAGUUUUAUAUUUUGGAAUGAUAAAAAUAAUAGUAUAAGAAUAUUAUCGCCAAAAAUUCAGGAAGAAAUAGUUAAACUUGAAACUUUAUCUCAUGAAAAAGGUAAAUCAUUGCCACUAACAUAUAUUAAAAAAAGUGACAAAGAGAAGACAAAAGUUUAUAGUGAUAUGUUAUUAAUUGAUUCACAUUAUAUUAAAAGAUUAAUUCAAAAAAAGAAAACAAAAGAUUUGGUAUUAUCUUUAGAAAAUUACGAAUGUAAAACUAUUGAAAGAUUUGUUCAAUUUUUAAAAACAGGAAAGAUAAAAUUUACUUUAGAUAAAUGUUCAGAGUUUCUUAGAUUGGCAACAAAUUUAGAAAUGCCAAAAUUUACUGAUUUAAUUGAGACAUCUAUAAUUUGUCAUGCUGAUAAAUCAUUAACAGUUUUAAAAAAUUGUUUAAAUCAAUUUUCAGAUAUAGGAAAUUUAGUAUCUAUUAGAAGUCAAAAUGUUUUAAUGACAAUGGCAAAUUUUAAGUUAACAGAAAUGGUUGCUACAGAAUUAAUUUUGAAACUUAGUCCUGGUGCUUUAAAAAUGUAUUUAUCAAAUGAUGAUCUUCCCAUAACAUCAGAAGCAAUUGUUUUUAAAAUUAUUAUUUAUUAUCUUAUUAAAGGAAAUAAUCAACAAUAUGUUGAUGCAUUAUUGGAUGCUGUAAGAUAUAAUAAUCUUAAUAAAGAUGAUGUAGAAGAAAUUAAGGAAACUGUUGAAAGAUAUAAUGAUUCAUAUAUUAAAGCUGUUAUGAAUCGUUAUUAUAAUGAUUUAAAAAGUAAUAAUGAGGAAAGUCCUGUUGUAAUAUAUAGAAAUUCACAUAAUCUUUGUAUUAGACAUGGAAAUGAUGAUGAUAUUAAUGGAGUAAUAACAGAACUUGAAACAAUAUUUAUAUCACAAAGAAAAGAGGAAUCAAAAAUGUUUAAUUAUUAA